GACAGCUCUGUCAAAACAAAAAGCCGGAAUCGGUGCGAGUCCACCAGCGUCGAUCGAUUUGUACAGAAAUUUCAAAACGCAUUUUAUCCUGCAAAAUAGUUCAUAAUUUGUCUUCAAAAGUGCUCACAACUGUGCUUACAGCAGUAAAAGUUGUUUCGGAAUAGUCGGAUCUGAAAUCGCAUGAAAAAUGGCUGGACUAGAGUCGAUGAUUGUCGAGGAUAAACAACAGUCGCAGAAGACCGUCGACCGGGAAAAGACUUGCCCACUGCUGCUCCGGGUGUUCUGUUCGACCGGAAGGCACCACUCAUCGAACGAAUACAACCACGGAAAUGUCCCCUCGAAUGAGCUGCAGAUCUACACGUGGAUGGAUGCCACCCUGCGGGAACUAACAACCCUGGUGCGAGACGUCAAUCCGGAAACCCGGCGCAAGGGAACCUACUUCGACUUUGCGAUCGUUUAUCCCGAUCGUGGGUCCGUCUAUCGAAUGCGUGAAAUCGGCGUGACUUGUUCCGGCCAGAAGGGAGCGGACGACACGAAGACACUGGCCCACGCAAAGUUCACCAUCGGAGACUACUUGGACAUCAACAUUACCCCACCGAACCGUUUGCCCCCUCGCGGGGGAAGGCCACGACCCUACUAGGGGUAUGUUCGGCCCGGUACUCGAAGGGCCCCCCUGCGGAAGAGUCUCCCCCAGGGAUCACGUGUGAAUGUUUGAUUCAAAACACCUUUUGAUGUUUUCUUGAGAGAAAACGUCCUUUCUCUUUAUUAGAAUUCUUAAGUCGUAAGUGUAAAAUAAAUACAAUCCUAAUGACGAAGAUACAGCUGAACGCAAUUCAAUCUGAA